AUAAGUUAAAAAAAAAAAAAAUUUCUGUAGUAAAGUUGAAAAACGGUAACAGAAUUUAUCCUCCUCCCAAACGCGCCCUCCGGUUAUUAAACGCUCUUAAACUGAAACCCUUCCAUUCCAUCUCUCCCGUUCUCUUUUUGGUUUUCUCCCUUUUCGAUACCCUUUUCCUCAGUCAAACAUCAAAAUUCCUCUUUUCUCUCCUAGCCCAGAUGAGGCUGACCAACUACAAGCGCCUUUCCAAUACCGCCGUCAAGCUCUACCUUUUUAAAUGACGAAGCUUCCUUCCGCCUUCGUCAUCACCGUCGCCGUCACGUUCUUGCUCCUCUCCGUAGACUACUUCUCCUUCCCGGUGGUCCAUGCCUUGGGAGGCUCUGGCUCCACCAUCGCCGUCAGCUACGGUACCGCCACUGUCUGCGCCAUCCAGGCGGCGCAACCGACCACAAGCAUUAUCUGCCAACGACGUGGCGAUGGCGCCAGCCAGCUUGUCCCUCUCCAGCCCAACGUCUCUUUCACUUCCAUCGCCGGCGGUAGGACGUCAAUCUGCGCCAUUCGUUCCGGCGGCUACAGCCUCAUCUGCUGGGACACCCAAAAUUCCAGCUUCCCCUUUAAGCGCAUAUACAAUAACAACACUGUACUAUUGCAGAGUUUGGCCAUCGGCGAUGAGCAGAUUUGCGCCACCACUAAUGGCACCCCAUCUGUAAUAUGCUGGAGAGGUAACCGCAACAUUCAAUUACCCGAUAAUCGUUACAAGUUUGAUACAAUCUCAUCUGGGUUUGGAUUCUGCUGUGGGAUUACCGCCGAUAAUGGCAGAAUCCGUUGUUGGGGAAGUAAUUUAAUCGGAAAAGCAAUCGAGCAAGAAUUUGGGGAUAUGUCAAUGGUGAGUCUUGCGGCAGGAAGUUCACAUGUAUGUGGGGUCAAUUCCACCGGCGACAUAGUCUGCAAUGGGGCGAACGACUCCGGGCAGCUAAAUGUGCCUUCAAACGCUGGUCUAGAGAAUGCUUACGGGUUAGCGCUGGCAGAGGGUUACAGCUGCGCGAUUCGGAGAUCAAAUCAGACGGUGGUUUGUUGGGGCCGGUUUGCAAUGAAUGGGACGGUUUCAUAUGAAUUCAUUGUUUCCGGUUCUAAUUUUACCUGUGGAUUAAUGUCGAGUAAUCUUUCAGUGGCGUGUUGGGGACCCGGAUGGGUUAACGUAUCAAACUCAGAAACCGAGUUACCAUUACCGCAGAUUCUACCAGGUCCCUGUGUUCAAUCUUCGUGUAGUGCCUGUGGAACAUUUCCGGAUUCAGAUAGGCUCUGUUCGGGUUUGGGCAAUAUCUGUAAUCCCUGUUUUAAAAUCACCACUCCACCACCGCCCCUGCCCCCAUUAGCACCAGCACCAGCAUCAACACCAAAACCGUCUCCGUCGCCUCCUCCUGGAGGGUUGACGAGGGGUUUAUUGGCUUUUGCCAUUGUUGGAUCGGUAGGAGCUUUCAUGGGAAUUUGUUCAAUUAUAUACUGUUUGUGGACUGGAGUCUGUCUUGGGAAAAAGAAAGUGCACAAUUCAGUGCAACCAACAAUCACCAGAGGCGGUUCAAAUGGCGGCGCAACUUCAAACAGUAGCCCGCCGUCGAGGUCAUUGACGAUCAGGCGCCAGAGCUCCAGAGCAAUGAGGCGCCAGAGAAGCGGAACGUCGUCUAAACAUCCAGACAAAGCAGAGGAAUUUACCCUGUCUGAGCUUGCAGCCGCCACCAACAAUUUCUCAUUGGAAAACAAGAUCGGGGCAGGAAGCUUCGGUGUGGUAUACAGAGGAAAACUCUCCGAUGGUCGUGAAGUGGCGAUCAAAAGAGGCGAAACAGUUCACAAGACGAAGAAGUUCCAGGAGAAAGAAAGCGCAUUUGAAUCAGAAUUGGCGUUCUUGUCCAGACUACACCACAAGCACCUGGUGAGGCUUGUGGGGUACUGUGAAGAACGGGAUGAGCGGCUUUUAGUCUAUGAAUUCAUGAAAAAUGGAGCUCUUUACGACCAUUUACAUGACAAGAACAACGUUGAAAAGAGCAGUGGUGUGUUGAAUUCGUGGAAAAUGAGGAUCAAGAUUGCAUUGGAUGCUGCUCGAGGAAUCGAAUACCUUCAUAAUUAUGCAGUUCCUCCUGUAAUUCACAGGGACAUCAAGUCUUCCAACAUAUUACUUGAUGAGACUUGGACAGCAAGAGUGUCUGAUUUCGGGUUGUCUUUGAUGGGGCCGGAACCAGACAAGGAUAUCAGGCUGAUGAAGGCUGCCGGAACAGUAGGUUACAUAGAUCCGGAGUACUAUGGUCUCCAUGUUUUGACAGCAAAGAGUGAUGUGUAUGGACUAGGAGUAGUGAUGCUGGAACUUUUGACAGGGAAGAGGGCAAUAUUCAAGCAAGAUGAAGAUGAGGGAACGCCGGUCAGCUUGGUGGAUUUUGCGGUGCCGGUCAUAAUGGCAGGAGAAUUGGUUACGAUUUUGGACCGGAGAGUGGGGCCACCGGAGCUGAAUGAGACAGAGGCGGUGGAGCUGAUGGCAUAUACAGCAAUGCAUUGUGUAAAUUUGGAAGGGAAAGAUAGGCCAACCAUGACUGACAUUGUUGCUAAUUUGGAGAGGGCAUUGACUAUUUGUUCUGAUGAUAGCUAUGGCAGCAUCUCCAGUCCUUCAAUCUCAAUUGUUUCUGAGUGAAUUUCUAACUGUCAAGCCCCCAAAAAGAUUAAUUUUUUUUUUAAAUGAUUUAUCUAGGUAUAAUUGCCUUUCUAAGUUAAGGAAUUUUCAUGUUCUAACAUUGAGCUGUGGUGUAUGAUUUUGAGAACACACUGACAGCAAGGAGAAUGAUUACAUGAUUUUGUUCUGGUUUAACUCUUUCUUUUCCUGUUCCCCUUUUCGCUUUCUUUUUCUUUAUUAUUAACCUGUAUGGAUACAAAUUAAUUUCCUCUCAAGCCUUUUCUUUUUUUUUUUUUUUUAUUUGUAGGACAUAACAAGUAGUUCUAUUGGUGAGUGGAGAAUGGAUUAUAUAGGUUCAAACUAGGUUCAAACUCUUACUGAUGAGUGAAGAAAUCUUUUAAAUUUAGAAAUUUAGUUAAUAAAUUGAAAAUUUUUCA